AUGUUGACAGUUGCGCUUGCAUUGAGCGUCAUCCUCACUGCUUUACCAGGUAACCGCAUAACACAACUUAUUGCACCGUAGUUACUGGCAUUUGAUUAACUGGCACUUCAGUAGCCUAUAGCCUAUUUCUGUGCUUAUACUUCUGAAGUUACCCAGGUGUCCUUGCAUUGCACACAGGUUAUUUAUAUGGUAUUGAUCUGUCAGACAGGCAAUCAGCAGCAGGCAGCACACAUUAUUGGCUUCAUCAGUAAUGUUUGUGUUUUCUUCCAGGCUCUGGGGGUAGUAAGUGGACCAUAUCCUUCACCAGGAGAGAGAUCUGUGUCUGGGCUGGGACCACUGUCACUCUCCCCUGUUGGUAUGACUACCCAUCAGGACACACUGUCAGGAGGGUGAUGUGGUUCAGGGUCUCUGGUCUGAGGGAGUUUGCCCACCACUCUGACUCCAGCUUGGUUAGCAUGUCUUAUAGAGGAAGGACAAAGUAUACAGGCAGCCAUAAAAGCUGUGGGAUCCAGAUCACCAAUGUGAAGCUCGGCGAUGCUGGACAGUACCACUUCAGGUUUGAGACAGACCACCCACAGGGACGAUGGACCUCCCCUGACACCGUCUCGCUCUCUGUCACAGGUCAGUCAUCUAACCUGCAUAUCAAAACAACUUUUGUAAUUUUGGUUCAUUUGAUUACAUCUCUAUAAGAUUACAUCUCCAUGUUAAUCUGUGCUUGAAAUGCAUUCAUUGUAGUAUGUCGUGGAGCAUUUCCAUUGACAUUUACCACGUUCACUGUGAUACAUGCUUCUCCGAGCCACAAUGAUUCCAGGACGGACACAGUAACUGUCUCUAAUACACAGAGCUGUUCAGGCUAUAUCAACGCCUUACGUCAAACCACAUAGGAAUAUAAUAUUAGGUAAAUGAAACAGAGUCAUAUUCGUUGAAUGCUGUCCCAGAGUCCUCUCUGUCUGUGUUGUUCCCAGAGCUUCAGGUUCAGGUCCAUCCUGCGAGGACAGCCAACAUGUUUGGGUCAGGAGAGACAGUGUACCUGGGCUGUAUAGCCAGAGGCUGUGCUGCAGCAGGGAGGAGUCUUGCUCUCUACAGGAACGGCAUCAACCUGGGAUCACCUGCAAAGUGGCUGACCAUCUACAAUUUUGACAGCCAGCACGCUGGUGCCUACACCUGUCGCCCAAUCCCCCCACAGAAUGUCCAGUCUCCGCCGCUGGCCUUGGCUCUGGGACGUGAGUAGUGUUUAUGUGUGAUUACUCAGUAACUACUGAAUUUUGAUUUGACAUUUGAAUUUUCAUGACCUUAUAGGAUUCAGUUAGUAUUUACUUUCUAUCCCCUCUCUCUCUCCUAUCCAUCUUCCUAUUUCCUUUUCUUCUUUCCAUUCUCUUCCCCUCUCUCUCUCCCCAUUCGCUCUCCCCAACUCUCCCUAUCUCACCCUAGAUGCUCCUCGUUCCACAGUGAUUGAGGUGAGUCCCAUGGGUGUGGUAGUGGAGGGGGGCUCUGUGACUAUGACCUGCAGCAGCAGUGGGGCUCCGGCGGUGGAGAGCUAUGCCUGGUUUAAGGACAGGGAGAGUGGCAGCAUUCCAGACAGCUUCAGACCCCAGCUCCACCUGAAGAGGGUGUCCCACACCGACCGGGGAGAGUACUUCUGUGUGGCACGCAACCCACUUGGUACAGAGAGGUCCAAACCUGUCCUGCUCAAUGUCACAUGUAAGGGCCUGGCUGUUGGUAUCUAUACAUGUCUAUACAUUAUCAGUGCUUAUUUGGUGUCUAACAUUAGCCCUUGGUCAUGACUCUCAGUCCCAUUGCAUUACACAUGGGAGUCAUUGGACGAAGGUGUCUCCUGUACGUGGGAGUUUUGUUAAGAGCCCCGACGCUCGGUCUGAGCAUUGACACGCAUUGCUUGCGGUACGGUUUUGGAAGCAGUUGAUACCAUUGAAUUAGAAUUCUAGUUCUAUGGUCAAUACAACAGUUACUGUAUAACUAGUGAGUGUGAUAUGGUCAAGCCUUAAGUAUGAAAAAUGUAUGCACUCACUAACUGUAAGUCGCUCUGGAUAAGAGCGUCUGCUAAAUGACUAAAAUGUAAAAUGUAAUAUUACAUUAUUGCCUUCUAUAGAAACAAAAUGUAUAUUACUGUUGUAAAGAUUUAACAUCUAUUCAUCUUUCACAUGACCAAGUGCCAAACUGCCAGUAGUUCAUGACACUGUCUGUGAGGGUAGUCUGGGCCAAUCAUGAUUGGGUAAUAUGUUUAUUUUGGCAACUAUGGGGGCAUCAUUUGUCACAAGGCCUACAACAGGAAGUUACAGUUCACUUUCCACAAUGUCCAGAUUUAGAACGUCUCAUGACUAAGAGUGUUGACAAGGGCAUUUUGACUUCUUAAAUUGUCACAGCAUAACUCUACUUUUCGUACCUGCAAUUUACGUUAAUACUCUGCCAAACGAAUACAUCAUAACAAUAAUGUAUUGUUUUGUUGUCCAGACACUCCAAAGAGCACCAAGGUGUUGGUCAGUCCAGCAGGAGACAUCAAGGAAGGCUACUCUGUCAACCUGAGCUGCAGCAGCAAGGCCCACCCCCCAGUGGACCGCUACGCCUGGUUCAAGAUCAUGGGGGGUCAGACUUGGGCCAAAGGGUCAACACAGAACCUCUCCUUCUCCAGCGUCCGCUCACAGAACGGAGGACAGUACUCCUGCACGGCCUGGAACCAACACGGACAGGAGAGCUCCCCUGUUGUCACCCUGGCCAUUCUCUGUAAGUGGAACAACAAUGUACAGUAUUCUCCUGUUCAAGUAAUAUUCAAAUAAUGGCUGGCUGGUCGCUGUUCUGAAUUGUUGUCUGGAUGCAGCAGAUAUAACACUGUAGCUGAUAAUGUUAUGAAACUGUCAGAGGAAAUCUGAUAAUGGUUCCUGACCGCACACUGUAAAUUGAUGAAAAUACUGUGGUCAUUUUGCAAGCACUUCUAUUCCAAGAGAGAGAUAUAGUGUACACUGAGUGUACAAAACAUUAGGAACACCUUCCUACUAUUGAGUUGCACCCCUUUUUGCCAUCAGAACAGCCUCAAUUUGUCGGGCCAUGGACUCUACAAGGUGUCGAAACCAUUCCAUAGGGAUGCUGGCCCAUGUUGACUCCAAUGCUUCCCACAGUUGUGUCAAGUUGGCUGGAUGUUCAUUGGGUGGUGUUCAUUCUUGAUACACACGGGAAACUGUUGAGCGUGAAAAACCCAGCAGCGUUGCAGUUCUUGACACACUCAAACCGGUGCGCCUGGCACCUACUACCAUACCCGGUUCAAAGGCACUUACAUAUUUUGUCUUGCCCAUUCACCCUCUGAACGGCACACAUACACAAUCCAUGUAUCAAUUGUUUCAAGCCUUAAAAAUCCUUCUUUAACCUGUCUCCUCCCCUUCAUCUACACUGAUUGAAGUGGUGACAUCAAUAAGGGAUCAUAGGUUUCACCUGGAUUCACCUGGUUAGUCUAUGUCAUGUUUUGUCCACUCAGUGUAUGUCCAACCUCAGGAGUGUGUUAAGGUGAGCAGGAGUGUGUGUGGAUCCAGUGGGCUGCUCAGGUUCCUCUGUCUGCAAAAUGACACCUACCCUCCUUUCUGCCUGUGAAGGAACCAAUCAAUCUACCUCUGUCUUUGUCAAUACCUCCCUAUCUACUUCCAUCUCCCUCUCUCUCCCUAAAAUAACUUUCUCUAUCUCCCUCCUCGCUUUCUCCUUUCUCCCUCUUCCCUCUCUCUAUCUCUCUCUCCCCUCUCUCUCCUCUCCCUCCUCUCUCUAUCGCCCUCUCUGUUUUGUUACUCUGUUCCUUUACAUUUCUCAAAAAUCUUUCUGUCUCUAAAUAUUUGUUUAACUUUCCUUGUUUCUCUCCCUCUUUCUCUCUCCUCCAUCACCUUGGCUGCCUGUCGUCUCUCCCCCUCCCUCUCUCUUCUUCUUCUUUCUCUCCUCUCUUUUUUCUUUUUUCCCCCUCAUUUAUGAAACCUAAGGGGGGUUUAAGGGAAAGGUUUGGAUCACCCCCCCUUUUUCUUCUAAAAAGGCCAAAACCCCCUUUGUUGGGGGGGAAACCAAAAUUAAACUUGAAAUUGUAAAAAUUUUUUAAAACACAAUUUAAUUUUUAAAAAAAGGGGGGGAAAAAAAAAAAAAGGGCCCCCCAAAAACCAUUAACUUCCCCCACUUCCCCUUACCCCCUUUUUUUCCCCCCUUUCUAUCCCCCUCUUUUCCCCUCUUUUUUAAAACCCCCACCCAAAAAAACCCCCUUUCCCAAAAAGUUUCUCCCUUGUUUCUCCCCUUUUUUUUCCCCCAAAAACCCUUUAUUUUAUAAAAAAAAAAAAUUUCAACUAGUUUCCCCUUUUAAAAAUUUUCCUCCUUUACUUUUUUCUUUUUUAUCUUUUUCUUUCUUCAAAAAUUUUCUUUCUUUUAUUUUUACUUUUUUUCUUAAAAAUUUUUUUUCCCCAUCAAAAACCCCCAUUAAAAACCCCCAUUUCCCAAUUCUCUCUCCUUCUUUCUCUUUUCUCCCCCCUUCUUUCUUUCUUUUUUUUCCCCAUCACCUUUGGGUUUUCCCUUUUUCGGUUUUCCCCCCCCCCUUUCUCCUCUCUUCUUCUCUCUCUAUGUCUCUCUCUCUGUCUCUCUCCUCUCUCUGCCCUUGGCUGCCUGUCUGUCUACCUUAUUAUCCUUUAUCUCUUUCACUCCCUGUCUGUGCCCUCUCCAUCCCACCAUGUUUUCUAUCCUCUCCCCUAUCCCUCUCUCUCUCAUUACCCCCCCACCUCGCCUCUUCUCCCCUCUCUCCCAGAUGCCCCUAAGAACACGUCGGUGUUUGCGCAGCCCUCCAGUGUGAUCGACGCGGGCCGUCCUCUGACUCUGACCUGCAGUAGCCAGGCCAACCCGGCGGUGGACAACUACACGUGGUUCAGGAUCAAUGCGGCUGACGCCUGGGUAACGCGAUCGGGCCCCAGCUACACCAUUCGUGAGGUCACCCCAGGGGAGAGCGGCCAGUACUACUGCGAGGCACGCAACCGCAUCGGCGUCCACAGCUCGCCUGUCCUCACUGUCAGGGUCAGAGGUCAGUGGACUGGGCAGGAUGGAGGGAAGGUAGAGGAGGAGGUGGGGGGGGGGGGGGCUAUAAGAAAGCCCCUGACUUUAAUUAUUUCCAACAGAAAAGUUAGAUUUAGCAAGCAAGCAGAUUCAGGGCACAUCUCGGAAUCUGGGGGCCAGAGAAUCUGAACUCAGUGACCCAGAUGGCUUCUGUCUGUGUGUUUCUUAUUUAAUCACUACUGUAAAUGUAAUGUCUGUCUCACAGACAUGUUUUGCAAGACACCCUAUAUAAAUGUUUCACUGUAUGCCCCCCAGUCUGCCCACUCAUGAUCACAGAGUAUUUCUGCUUUCGAUUCUCUGACCUGUGAGUCAUAUAUUGAUAACUUUCACUAACUGUAAAAGAGGAAGAAGAGCAGAACUUUGAUAUCAGAAAACAGAAGUUUAGACAUUUGAUAAUUGAUUAGCAGACAAAAGCUAGAUAUUUUACUCUGUCUGUCUUCCUGUCUAUGUCUGUCAGUCUUUCUGUCCCUCUUUCCUUCUCGUCCUUCUUGGCCUUCUCUCUCCUCUCCUUCACUCUCACUGUCAUUAACCCAAACAUCCUCCAUUCUCCCCCUCUAUGAUGGUGACUACUGUCAGAUUUACUCAGACUGACCCAGUUGUUGCGCUCUGAUUGGCAGGCAGACUGAAGGUUAUCGCCCUGGCCUCAGCUGUGGGCGUGUCUGCUGGUCUCAUCACUCUGACUGUGGCCAUCAUGAUCAGGUGACGUCCACUACACCUUUCUACACUAUGAUGGUCUAUGGAAGGCAGGGGACGUUAGGAACAUUGGCCAGAAUCAGUGUUACUAGACACUUCAUUUGAUUGUGGGAAUCAACAUGUUGUAUCCAUCUGCCUUCUUCACAGCAAAAACAUGCACAGAGUAGACAUGGAUUAUCCAGAGGAAAACAAGAAGGUACUUGACUCUUCCUCCUCCAAGCAUUGACAUCAAUAUAGCCUAGCCAUUAUGUGAUUAAGUAAUAUAUAGACAAAGAAUGAACAAAUCAGUUUCAUUUGUUGUAUUUAUAUGGAAUAACAGAGGCCAUCAGUGACAUCGGACACACUGUUCUACGAGUCAGUCCAGCAGAGCCUUCAGCUGAGGACUGGCAAGAUGUCUGACAUCCCGGUAGGUCAAACAAUAACUCCCACUCUGUACCACUAGAUGGAGACACCAUGGUUCACUUGUAAUAAUCAUGUCAUGCCAUUAGAGUUCCUCAUGAUUAGAUUCCCAUCUUCUUUUGAAAGAUCAAAGGUAACAAUAUGUACCUACACUUUAAUGACACUGCACCUACCAUGUAAAUACAUUAGGGGUAGUUACAACCCCAUAAUUUGGGCCCCUUUUAAAAACCCCGGAUUGGGUUUUCAUUUAAAUGACACCAACCCUUCUUAGUCCAUCAUGGGAAACCCUCUUUUUUUCUGGUUGUAGGAGGAGCCAGAGGAGGUGUAUGAGAGUGCCCCCCCUCCCUCGACCCGAAGGGUGUCCCCCGCAAAAAGAAGAGACAGAAACCUCAAAUACAUCACCCUGAUUUCUCCAGAUCCCCCGGUAACCAAAUCAUCUCUCAAAGGGAAAAGGGGGGGGGGGGGAAAAGGGGGGGGAAAGGGGGGAAAAGGGGAGGGGGAGAGAAGGGGGAAAGGGGGGAAGGGGGAAAAAAAGGGAGAAAAGGGGAAAGAAAGGGAGGGGAAAAAAAGAAAGGGGGGAAAGAAAAGAGGGAGAAAAGAACGAAGAGAGGGAGAAGAAAGAAGAGGGAGAAGACGAGAAGAAGAAGAGGGAGAAGAGAGGAAGAGGAGAGCGGGGAGUGGAGACGAAGAUGAGGGAAGAGUACGAAGAGGGCAGAAGCGAGGCAGAGAAGAAAACGAAGAUGCUUCUCUCUCCUCACUCUCUCAUAUAUCUCCUUAGUGUAUACUCUCUCCUCCCUCUCCUUCUGCUCCCCCUCCCUUCCAUUUUCAUUUCCCAUCCCUCCUCUCUCUCCCGCUUUAUCCUCCCAACCCUUUCUCCUUCCGCUCAUGAUUCUCCUCUCCUCCCUCAGCUUAUCUCCUCUCUUCCUCCUUCUGGACUACAGGACCAGUGGCACAUUGCAUUACCUAUGUCCCUCCCUCUUUUCUUUCCCAGCCUGGACCAGAUUCAAGUUACAAAUAUACCACUGGAUGGCGAUAAAGAGCCAAAGGAUGCUGCCAAUGUUGUUUACACUGUCCUGGCCAGACCACACCAGUAG